AGUGUUGUCUAUAUCGGACCUAUAAAAUUCUGCUGUGUGACCAUGUAAGAAGAGCAUGUAGCAAAGACAAAGAAGCAUGACAUAUACCGUGACUGUCUUGCAGGCAACACAGCACAUUGUGGUUUUUAUGUGAGGAAGUGUCUCAGAGGCACCGUCUGUUCUCAGGCUCAGUAUAUAAGAUGCUUUGAAGGAGCUACAGCAGAAUGGCUGACAUGAUGAAUAAUACUCUAGAUAUCUCUACACCUAGACAUGAAAUGCAGGACAUCUACAGAGAAGUGUCUACAGCAAGGCAAGCCUUGAAGGACAGCUACCAAAACCUGCAGAAUGUUGCAGAUUACUGCGAAAAGAACUACAUGGAGGCUCCUGACAAGCGUAAGGCCUUGAAGAGCACCAUGUCCCUUGUCACACAGACACUGGCCAGUGUGGCUUGUCAAGUAGGCGUAGCUGCCCGCCAUGUGUCGGACAUGUUGGAGGUACAGAGCCUGAUGCUGCAGAAGGAAGAAGCAAGAGUUCGAUACGUCUCUCAGUUACUAGACAUCCAUGUGGAAAAAGUUGCCCGCCAGAACAUUGGGAAGUUGACAACAGCUAAGAAAUUUCAGCACACUCAGAAAAUCCAGAAUGGACAGAACAGACUUUUGGCCUCUUAUACCAGAAUACCAAUUAACUUCACUUCUCUUGAUAAUACUGGCCAUGGGAUAAUGGAUUCCGACUCACAAUUAUCUAGAACUGGAACUAUGUCCCGCAAGAUAAGUAUGAAAAACAUGACCCAGACACAUAGUUCACUGGGGAGAAAUUCUCAAGUCAGGGAACCUAUAGCCCCUCCAUUCAUCCCAGCACGAAAGGUUCCAUGUCCAAUAAGUCCAGACACGAUCUCUCCCAGUUUCCUUUAUUCUACUACAAUGAACGAUGACUUACCUUUGCCCCCGCCUCUUUCUAACCUUCAGACACAACAAUCACUAGAGACAGGCUCCAUCUUUCCUGACCCAUGUUUUCUACAAAGCAGUGACCUCCCUCCUCCUCCAGAGCCUGAAGUAAAUGGUUCACUGUGGCUCCCUGCUCCUGUUAUAGAAGGUCUGACAUCCUCAGUUUGGACACAACAUUCUGCUGAUGACAUCCCUCCACCUCCUGCUCCAGACUAUGAAAUCACACAGAUAUUCUGGCCAGGGGAGAACGAUGAUAUCACGGAGAGCUCUACUUCUUUGGAUGACCUCCCUCCUCCUCCUUGUGACUUGUAAACAACCGGCGGCAUACUCAGAACUACGAUUUCCUCACAACUGUUUUUUUCUGACUAAUAAACAUAACAUGUUGAAUAA